AUGACCGUCCUCGUCCUCGGUGGCCGAGGCAAGACCUCCUCGCGCUUGUCCUCCCUUCUGUCUAACUCCGGCUUCCCCUUUGUUCAAGCAUCGCGCUCCCAGUCCGAAGGCGGGCCCCAUCGCCAAUGUGCCUUCGACUGGCUGGACGAGACGACAUGGGCGAACCCGUUCACCGCGGUCUACAUGGUCGCCCCCCCCCCCCCCCCCCCCCACCAACUCACGGACAUGUUCCCGCCCAUGAAGGCCUUUAUCGACUUCGCUAGAACGACAGGCGUUCGGCGCAUCGUGCUCCUGAGCGUGAGCAUGCUACCCCGGGGCGGGCCGUCCAUGGGGUUGGUGCAUAACUACCUCGCCGGCCUGGAGCCGGAGGGGGUCGAGUGGGCCGUGUUGAGACCGAGUUGGUUUAUGGAAAACUUCUCCGAGCUACAACACCGCGGAUCCAUGGCCGCAGAGAACAUGAUUUACUCGGCCGCACAGGAUGGAAAAAUCCCCUUCGUCUCAGCCGAGGACAUCGCCGCCGUCGCUUUCCGUGCCUUGACGGAUCCAGUUCCACAUAAUACCGACCACGUCAUCCUAGGACCCGAGUUGCUCACAUAUGACGACGUUGCGCAAAUACUCAGCACCCUCUUGGGCAAGACCAUCGUCCAUGAGAAACUCUCGGAGUCAGAUCUAACCAACCGCUUCGUCAUCCAGGGUACACCGCUGGGUUACGCUAAAAUGCUGUCCGCUCAUGAUACCGCGAUCUCCCAGGGCGCGGAGGACCGACUGAAUACGGUCAUUGCAGACAUUACGGGGAGAGAACCGAAGAGGUUCGUCGAUUUUGCAAGGGAGAACAAAAGUGCCUGGCUUUGA